GUUCGACGAAAUUCAUGAAACCGAGCGCAACCUCAAGGCUAAGCAGAUUCGAUGGUCAGGAUUCGACGAAAGCCUAGCAAAAAUAGUAGAAUGGCUCAGGGAAGCCGAGAAGAAACUCCCGAUGGAGAUAGAAUUGAAAGCUUCCCUGGACGAGAAAAAAGACCAGCUUCAAGCCUACAGGGUUUUGUUGAGCGACAUCGUAGGUCACCAGCAAGAUCUCAGGGAUUUGAAAGAUAAGGUGGAGAGCUUGCCUGAGAGUAACAGCCAGAUCAACGUUCAGUUAGCAAAUAUAACGGAUCAGUAUGAUAAACUUCUGAGAAGGGCGCAGAAUUUCGUUGAACGAUACGAGACGAUCGUUAGUAAUCACCAGGAAUACAGCAAAGCUGUGUUAGAUGGACAUGAAUGGAUCGAUGGUACUAGUAAUACUGUUGACUUGUUGAGCGAUAAAGAUUUGGAGAGAACCAGUCUGCAAUCCAAUUUGGAAAGGCUUAAGACCUUGAAAGCAACUUUACCAGACGAAGAAUCCAGGAUAAUGUCUAUAAAAAUUUUGGGAGAUAAAGUGAUUCCAGGUACCAUUGAUUACGGCCAGACAAAUAUUCGUUCUCAAAUAGAAAACUCCCAACAAGAAUGGGCCGGUUUGGUAGCUGCUACUGAAACCGCCAUCAAGCAAAUAGAAAGCAAACUAAGCAACUGGAAUGAGUACGAAUCUCUGAAAGACAAUUGUCUUCUGUGGAUACGCAAUACCGACACCAAACUGCAUUCAGUUGAUCUCAAGGCUACGGCAUCUGAAAAGAAAGACCAAUUAGAGACUCUCAAAUCCCUUCAGGGAGAAAUUCGAGCUAAGGAACUAGAAAUAGACCAAGUCACUGAACGUGCUCAGCAACUCAAUAAGGGUGUCAUGGGUAGACCAUCCCAAAUUUCAGAACUCGGUGUGAAAUAUCAGCAAAUAUGCCAGAAAAUCAAAGAUCUAACCGCACGCUGGCAGCUCUACGUCACCAGUCAUCAAGAUUUUGACUCUCAAGUCGAACAAACUAUUCACUGGAUGGAUGACAUAAAAGAAAAGUUGGCCUACUGUUCCGAAAUAAACGGUGCUUCACAGAAAGACCUGGAAGCCAAGCUAGAAACCAUUCAAGAACUGUUACUGAAGAAAGAAGAAGGUUUUUCAAAAAUGCAAUCUUUGGUAGAGCUAGCUCAGAACGUUCUAGCAAAUACCGCACCACAAGGACAUGAGGCAAUCAAUCAGACCCUCGCCAAGUUACAAGAAGAAUGGUCCAGUCUAGCAAGUUCAAUGGUGGAAACCAAAGGCCUGCUUGAUGAUUCUUUAACGAAAUGGGUAGAGCUUCUAGAAGAAAUAAAAGCUCUCGUUAAAACAAUUGAAGCACUAGAAAACCAGUAUGAUGAACUAUCAGAAUUUCAAGGUUCGGCCACUGAGAAGAAAACGCAGCUUGGCAGGAUAAAGACCUUGGAGGAGAAAGUACGAUGCGAAAAAAUUGAAGUCGAUAACCUGAGAACGCAAGCUGCAGAAGUUCUUCAAAGUAAGAGAGGAGGUGAUGCUGUUGUGGAAGCCCAAACGAUGUUGGAAAGGUUUGACGUCAUUGCCCAGAAGAUUUUCAAACUUAUGUUGGAGCGAGAAGCUCAGUACAAAGACCACAAGGCGUACAAGGAAGCUUAUGACGAAGUACAAGCUUGGAUGACCAGAGCACAGGAGAAAGUUCCUCAGCUUCAAAGACCCUUGAGCGAUAAACUAACAGUCGACAUGCUCGCCGGUCCUCUUGAUCACUUACUAAAUAAGCAAGCACAAGGCGAAGUUUUGUUAGAAAAUUUGGAACACACGGCUCAGGUUGUAUUACCCCAUACAAGUGUUAAAGGACAGGAGUCCAUCAAAAAUGAUAUAAGGGCAUUGAGGGAGUCUUUCGAGAGGUUGUUCAAAGACUUGAAGCAACAACGCGAACAACUAGAGGCCGUUCUCGCCAACUGGCGUGAGUACAAAGAUGAGUAUGAAAAAGUUUCCGAUUGGCUUCAGCAAAUUACUAUACUGAUCAAAAACCAGAAAAUAGCACUAAUGCCGACGGUGGAAGAAAAAAAGAAGCAAGUACAAGACGUGCAAGAAAUUUUGCAACGUCUCGUCGAUGGUAAGAGCCAAAUUGAGAAAUUAAAUAAGACGGCGAGUAUUCUGUUGAAAUCGCCUCUGGAAACACAUGUUAACAAUCAACUCCAACAACUCAACUCGAGAUACCAAGUCGAACUCAACCUGGCUAAGGACGUUUUGAAUAAAGUCGAGACGAACUACGAACAACACAAAGAAUACACCAACAACUUGGAGAAGACCAGGAGUUGGAUUGACAAUGCUCGUGAUUUGAUUCGGAACUGUUCAGAAGCUGUAUCCCACAGCAGUAGGGAAACCCUUCAGUCACACCUCAAUCAAAUUCAACAACUUAUUCAGAAACGCGAAGAGGGUCAGAAUUUGGUCCACACUACCGUGAACUGCGGUGAGAAAGUUCUAAGGAACACCCGAUCAGACGGAAGAGAGGCGAUCAACAACGAAUUGAAAGAAAUCCAAGGGGAUUGGGAUAGGAUCGCAAAGAAAAUGUCUACUGCCAAAGUAAACUUGGAAACAGCCCUCCUGCAAUGGGCUGAUUAUGACAGUUCUUACACCCAGCUUCAACAAUGGAUAACGGACCGCGAAGCUAAGCUGCAGCAAGUCACUGAGCCAAAGAUACUCAAAACGAAGAAAGGAGGCCUCAGCAGUUUACCUAUUGGAGAGAGAAAAGCUACUUUGCGUGAAACUGGAAGCAUCGUACAAGAUAUCGUGUCUUUCGAACCCAUGAUUCAGUCUGUGACUUCCAAAGCUGAAGACCUUAAGCAAGCUACUCCAGCAUCCGAAAUAUCUGCUAAGUACGAGAUUCUUUCAAAGCAGGCUCAAGAAUUGUACAAUAAACAAAAAGAAGUAGUCGAACAACACCAAGCUUUUGUCGAUGCUGCCAAUGAAUUCGUUCAGUGGAUAAGAGUAGCAAAAGAGAAACUUGGUAAAUGUUCAGAGCCUACCGGAGACAAAGAGAGUUUAGGAAGUAAGCUCUCGCAGCUGAAAGUACUCUCCAGUGAAGUUGCGGAAGGUCAGAAGAAACUCGAAACCGCAAUCGACCAAGCGGAUAAGGCAAUCCAAUUUGCAGACGACAUGGAUAAAGAAAUAAUCGAGGAAGAAGUCGGCUUGCUACAGGAAGACUUUGAUAACUACGUCGAAAAUCUGAAUCAUAUCAAAGGAUUACUGGAAGUUGGUAUCGUCAAAUGGACAGAGUAUGAAGAACAGUACCAAGAUGCAUUGGAGUGGUUGGGCCAAACUGAAAAGAUGGUGCAAAGUUACAAUAAACUUCAAAAUAGCUUGGAGGAGAAGCGAGCUGUACUGGAGCAAUUCCAACUUCAGUUACAAAAUCUUUUCGAUUGGCAAACUGAACUAGACAAACUUAACAUGAAGGCUCAAGUUCUUUUGGAAACUUGCGCUGAUACAAGAGUGAGUAAUGCGAUUACUCAAAUCUCCACGAAAUACAAUGCAAUUUUAUCGUUGGCAAAAGAAGUGAUGAGAAGACUAGAACUGCACUAUCAAGAACAUCAACAGCAUAGCACCCUGCAUCAAGAAUGCCAGGACUGGAUAGACAGGACCAGAGAUAAGCUCGCUGGUUGCAUGGAAGUUCACGGAUCUUUAACAGAAAUAAAUAACAGAUUACAGGUGGUGAAGAAUAUCAGAACAUCACUAGAACAAGGACAGAAUAAACUGCGAUACAUUCAGGAACUCAAAGAACGUGUAAGCAUGAAUACUGAACAAUCUGGCGCUGCGAAAAUCAGAGAGGAUACAGAAAAUCUCAAAAUAGAUAUGGAAAAACUUUUGAACGACGUUCUGGAAGCUAGAAACAAACUACAAGCUAGAGCCAACGAGCUCGAAGAAAUCGAUAAAAUGUACAAGCAGCUGAUAGAAUGGCUGCAUGAUCAAGAGCAACAAGUUCAUUUCGAUGAAGGUUUUCUCAACGAACUCGGAGAGAAAAGAGCUAAACUGGAGAAAUAUAAGUCUGUUCAGAAGGAACUCGGUUCACAUAGCGACUUGGCGGAGAAACUCAGGUCCAAGUUGAACGAAGAUAGCACUUUAUCAACUCCAGAUUACGAAAGUGCUAUUCAACGAUAUGAUAACUUCAAGAAGAGUAUAUCAUCCUCAGUAUCUGAACUCGAACUCCAAGUAGAACAACAUGAGCAGUACAAGUCGUUGUAUAACAAAACGUACGAGUUGAUCAGAGAAUCGCAGAUGAAGAUACAAAAUUGUUCAAACCUCCAUGAAGAGUUGAAGAGAAUAAUUGAGAAAGAAGCCAAAAUUUCUGAGAUUGUCGAUUCGCUGACUAAGGGUGAUGAUCUAAUUCACAAAACGAUAGAGAUUAGCAUAGUUGUCAUGAAAACCACCGGUGAAGAUGGCAAAGAUAUCAUACGUAAUGAAAUUGAACAGUUGAACAUCGACUGGGAGGGAUUGCAGUUCAUUUGUACUGACACUCAGAAAUCCUUGAAGUCGUGCAGAGAAGCUUGGCAAGAUUAUCAAACUAAUUAUGACUCUACCAAAGAGCUCAUUGAAGGUUAUAAAAAACAAGUUGAAAAGGAACAAGGUUUAGAUAAUAGCAAACCGGAAGAUCUGGAGAGAUGCAGAAAAUUGCUGGAAGAAAUUGUGGAAGUCAAGCCACAAAUGGAAACUCUCACAGACGCUUGUGAAACUCUCAUAGAACUAAGUGCUGUUGGCCGAGUGAGAGACAAAACUGUUCAACUGCAAACUGAAUACACACAUCUACUGACUAACGCUCAAAGCUUAGUAUCCAAGAUAGAAAAGAACCUCAAUGACCAAACAGAGUUCCUGAAGAUCAAAGCCGAACUAGAGGAGUGGCUGCAAAGAGCUCAUAAUACUAUACAGAAGUGCGUAGGGGAAAACGACGAAGGUAAACUCAAGGAGAACCUCACCAUGGUCAAGGAAUUCUCUUCCAAUAUGGGAGAGGGACAACAAUUACUGUCUAACCUUCAAGACGCUUUUUCGAAAGCCAUCAAUACAGCGCCGGCGGAAAAACAAGAAGCAUUGAGAGACGAUAUGACAACACUGAGGAAUAGCUGGGACCAAGUCAAUAUGGAUGUGAAGUCCAUUCAAGCUCAACUCAAGGCUAGCUUGGCACGCUGGGAGGAAUUCAAUAAUAGUAGGCAGAAGUUCGAAUCUUGGUUAACCACAACAGAAAAGAAUCUUGAAGUGAAGCCAUCAACAUUGGGAGAACUUAGCGAAAUAAAGACACAGCUGGAGCGGUACAGAAAUUUGCAUACCGAGAUUGAGAAUAAGCAAGGAGAGUUGGUUAGAAUUGCUGGCGUAGCAGAAGAACUUAGUUCAUGGGCACAACAGCCUGCAGUGAUGGAAGGAGUUUGGCAAUUGGAAACAAGGCAUGCUAAGUUAAGAGAUAUAUGUAACGCUCUGAAAAAGUCCGUGGAAAAAGAACUGGAGGAUCAUAACAACUAUUACCAAAAGUUACAAGAUACGGAGAAAUGGCUAUUACAAGUUUCCUUUCAGCUCAUGGCACACAAUUCUCUGUAUAUCACCAACCGAGAACAGACUGAAGAACAACUAGCGCAGCAUGAGAUUCUCCUAAACGAGAUUCAAAAAUACCAAACUACUCUAGAUGACGUCAAAGAUUAUGGUCAUGGGCAAAUCAAAAAAUAUGUUGAAUUCAAACCGGCGAUUAAAGAUACGAUCGAGAAACAAUUGGAUAACGUACAGGAUAGCUACAACUCGCUCUUGCAAACUGCAAUACAAAUCAAAAACAGAUUGCUUGAUUCUCUGUCAAAAUUCAAAGAAUACGAGAAUACUUUGGAGAGUAUCAUGCAGAACCUAGAUGAAUACGAACCGAUAGUGGCGGAGGAGAUUGAGAAACCGAUUGAGAAUUUGAAAACAGCGCAGAGUCAGCUUGAAACAGCGAAGGUGCUUCAUAAUAAACUUCAAAACGAAAAAUCACGCUUGGGACUCGCUGUACAAGCUUGCGAAGCUGCCACAGCUUCGAUAAGUCGGCCAAGCAGCCCCAGAGACACUCUUCCUCCACCCGUGCCCAUCAAAGAACUCGAAUGUAGGGCACGUCUUGAAGAUCUGAUCGAUCAGAAGCACGAGGAGUCCUCAACUUCAGAACACCACAAACUGAAAUUGCUUUUGGAACAACUAACGUCGCGUGGUUAUAUUGGUAAACUGAACACACUGGUCGAUAAGGUGCAAUCUCAUCUCAGCGACUUGACAACAUCUGUUGCCGAGUUUGAAGAGAAAGAAAAACAAAGGCAUGAGCUCAAGAAGUGGAUUGUGGCCCAAGAGGCAUUGAUAAACGAUUGGAAGAAACGUCCAGUUAAACUGAGGGCUGAUGCUGCCAAACAAGAACUCAAUAACAUGAACGAUGUUUUAUCCUCAAUCGGCAUCCGCAGAAACCAUCUAGUUACCGAAUUGGGAGCCGUUGGUGAUGAAAACGAGGAACUCGAAAAUAUGCUCGAUAAACUAGAGAAUGAUCUUACAUCUCUAGUUGCAACCAAAAGAGCAGAUCUUGAAACUAUCGACGAAUAUAGACAGCAUGUGCAAGUGAUCAAUAACUGUUUCGAUAAUUUAGUCAAGAGGAUAGAAGUCAUUGAUAAAGGAUCCGGUUUGAAUUGCCAGCAGAAACAGACUGCAAUAACUGACGUCAAAGCAGAAUUUGACGACCAAGGACCGAAGAGACUAGACGAAGUCAAGAGAUUAGCUAGCCAAGUUAUCGAAUUAGUCAAUAAUCUCGAUUCCCAACAAGUCGAAGAACAAACUAAAUCUAUUGAAAGGAGAUACAAUGACAUCUCAAAAAGACUUCAACGCAAGUUGCAGGUGCUGGAGAGUACCAGAAAGGGAAUUGAAGAUACCAGGAAUGAAAUCGAGACUGCAAGAGACUGGCUGAGAGAGAAAUUGGUAAGCUUGCAGAGACCUGAGCCACUAGGUUUCGAAAGUCGAAAAGCUGAAGACAAAAUCAAUUCUCUGUCUGACCUUCUGAAAGAGGCUGCAAAUAAACUGAUUCUGAAAGAAACUUUACUGAGGCGAAUAACUAAUAUGAGCAACGAGCUCGAACCGUUAGAGUUUAGUCAGCUGCAGAAUUCUUUGAAUAGCUUGGAAAAUGAACAAGAACAGCUGGUAGAGAAAAUAAAAUCCGAGGUAGAACGAGUCACGGCUGCCGCGAACACUAGGAAAAACCUUGAAAUUAAUCUGGAGAGAGUGAAGGCAUGGCUCAAAGCUAAGAAUGCUGAAGUCAGAAAACUUUCCGGAUACCUACCCCUUCAAGCAAAUCAAGUAGAACGCGAAAUCGCCCAGUAUAUGAAGUACGAAGCUGAUAUCAAAGAAUUUAGCGACGGAGAUCUGAAUGAUUUUCUCAAACUGGGUAACAGCGUUUUGAAAGAAUGUAAUGAAAGCGAUCGAGAACGCUUGCAACACUUAUUAGAUGAAGUCAAAGAAGAAUAUGAUACCCUAAAACAGGAAUCGACUCAUAAAAUAAAUUCCUUACGAGAUCUGCUCCAAGGAAGGAGACAAUUUGAAAGCGAUAUUGAAGAAUGCAUUAACUGGCUCAAAGAAGCCGAAGUUGCCACCUCUUCAGAUAUUCGAGCAGCUAGUCUAGAAGUUCUCGAAGAACAACUGGCGAAGUACCAACAACUCCAAAAAGAUGCAAAGAAGAUCCAAGGUGAUAUAGAGAAAAUUGCAGAGCAAGCUAAAGCAAUUUUACCAACAAUCAGCGAGUCGGAUAAGCUGACAUUGAAUGACACCUUGAACAGCUUACGAGACAGACACACCAGAAUCACAACUAUCAUCGACGACAGAACAAAUGCUCUGAAACAGAACAUCAAGGAACUCAAAGAGGCCCAGGCACGCAUAGAAGAAAGCAAACGCGUUAUACAAGAUAUCCAGAUCCAAAUACAGGAACUGAACAAACCUCUUGGUCCAAAAGUAGAAGAUGUCCAGCACGUUCUGUCGACUUACGAAAGAAUCUUGAGAGAUCUCAAGGAUAACAAGGCUAAGUUGGGCAGUGUCCCUGGAGCAAAUGCCCCCGAACUACAGAGUGUCGUGAAUUUACAAGAUGAUCUCAUCAAGUCUAUAGAGGACCAAAUCGCUAAACUCCGACAACUGCUUCUUCUCAGGGAACAAUACUUAUCUUUGAUAACAGAAAUCAUGACUUUCAUCACAAAAUAUACCGAGAUAAUACGUGACAUUGAAAAAUCUGGUGGAACCAUCGAAGAGAAAAUCAAAAAGUACGACGAUGUGAUUAUCAAAAUACAAGAAUGUGAGGCUCUCCUGGCCUCAGCUGCUGAUAAAGGACAGCAAAUUGCUGCUGAUGGAUCCGCUCAAGAUCGAAACACUAUAACGGAACAGAUCCAGUCUCUCAAGCAGUCUUUACAGAAUCUCAGAAGGGCUGUGGAGAAACAGAGACAGGAGCAUGAGAAUACCGCAGCAGAACAUAAGAAGAUCGCCACAGAAUUGGAAGAAAUUCUCGACUGGCUCCAUGAUAAUGAAGCCGCCGUGAGAUCCCGCCCUCUGCUGAGUAGAGAUGUGAAGAGCGUUGAUAAUGAGUUGAAUAACCACCACGAGCUCUCAGAGAAGGUCAAUGUCUACCUGGACAAGAUUAGAAAAAUACAAGAUGUGACUAGGCAUGACGACAGCGUACCAGGUUCCUUGCAGGAACAACUACAAGAGGCAAAUUCACUCUUAACAUCAUUACCACGAGAAUUAGAAGAGUGUCGGAGGUAUUUAGAUUCUAAUAAGACUCUGAGAAAUGAGUAUUCAGCUUUAAAGCAAAAGCUCUUCGACUGGGUGAAGGAAGCAGAGAUUCGCCUAGCAUCGCACAAGAACGGUGUCGAUUUCGAGAAUAUCUUGCAGGAUCUUGAAGAGCACAAGAUCUUCUUCACGACCGAAGCUAAUAUCAAAGAGUUGGUUUCUCAGACGAUCCAGCAAGCUGCAGACAAAAUAUGGCCAAGCCUGACGCCCAACGAACAAGAAGAAUUGAGCAGAGAACAACAGCAGCAUACUCAGAUGUUGAAGAACACGCUGAAUUCGGCCAAGUCACAAAGGGCUCAAAUGGAGCAGGACGCUGAAAUUUGGAAAGACUACUGCCAGACUCUCGACAAAGUAAAGGCUGUGUUAUCGAGGACUAAGUUUACGGAUGAGCCUGUUUCUACACUGGCUGGAUUGCAUUUCAACAUUCAAAAGAUCUCGCAUGCUCUCAACGAUAUUCAGAAUCAACAACUAGAACUGGACCUGCUCUUAGAGCGAGUCAACGAAAUUACCAAACAGGCCGACCAGCGCAACAAGCAGAACAUCCAAGGCCAGAGCGCGAAGGUCGCAGAAGAAUGGACGUCGCUGGUGUCGGAUCUGGAGAGCAGAAGAGACACUCUCACGAGUCUAGCCCAGGUUUGGGAGACGUUCGAAGGAAGAUGGCAGAAUUUCGAAAGUUUGCUUACGGGUAUCGAAGAGAAAGCGAAGCACGUGGACUGCGUGGUUAGGAACAAGGAGCACGUGGUUUCGACUAGGAGAACUAUCGAGGAAUUACAGUCGGAAACAACUUCACUGAAAAGUCAUCAGGAAGAGGUCGUGCAAUUGUCUAAUACUGUGCUGAUCUUCCUGAGAGAGUGUUCAGCAUCAUCUGCAACAGCCCUAUCUGAGAAACUAGAUCAGCUGAAUAGAACAUAUGAACGGCUUUCGAAUAGUUUGGAAGAAAAACUCGAGAAAACUGAAAAAGACUUGAAGGAAAUAGAGCGAGCUCUGAUUGACAUAACUCAGAGGAAAACCGAUUUGAAUAACCUCAAAGAGAAAGUGAUUAACUUCUACGUCUUCCACGAGAAUAUCUCUCGUACAGAAAAAGACUUGAAAGAACUCAGAACAGAAGUGGACAACAAGAUAAGAGACAUUGUUGAGUUCAGCUCGUCUCUAAAGAAUAAAUACAAUUCCCAACACUUGGUACCUUCAGAUAUCGCUCAGGAACUGAACCAACUUGAGCUCCUUUCAGAAUCGAUAACAAGCGCCAUGGACGAGAAGGACAGGGAGUUCAAGAAAGCCCGGACAGUCCGAACAGACUUCACUAGUGACGUAGACGAGCUUCAAGCUUGGAUGAAAGAUGCAGAGCUCAAGGUCCAAGAUCGAUCGAUUGAACCACAACUUCUACACGAGCAUCUCCAGCAAAUCCAAUCUGAACUUGGAGGCAUGGCCGAUAAGUUGGAAAAACUCACCAAAAACGGUAGGAUAAUCAUCGAGAAAACCAAGGACGAUGAAGAAAAGGUGAUGGUGCAAUCGACCAUCAACGAUUUAACGGAUCAGAUUGCACAGGUGAGAUCCUGGCUGGACGAGAAGAGACAGCAAGUCGGAGAAACUUUGGAUGCUUGGCAACGGUUCCUCACUCUGUACCAGGCGGUUAUACAAUGGGUUCAGGAAAAGAGACUGUUCCUCAAAGAACCUCUACACCUUAGUACCUUGCAAGAGGCUAAGGUGAAACUGCAUGACUACUCGAACGCCGUGAAAAGUUGUAAAAGCGUCACCAAGAACUUGAGCGAUAUGGCCAAAGAAUUAGAACAAAUCGGCAACGUGACAAGCGUUGGAGACCUUCCCCAUAAAAUGGAAGAAGCUGAAGAAGUCAAGACGGAAGUAGAAGCGAUAAUUUUGGAGAGGAAUGCUUUGCUUCAAGAAACCUCGGAGGAAUGGGAGCAAUGCGAGAAGAAAAUCAAGGAUGUUAGGAGCUGGAUAGAAAAAACUAAGACAGCUCUAGAUUCUCAACAGAACAAAAAGAAACCCUUGAGGGACCAACACGGUCUGCGAGAGAAAAUGCUCGCGGACAUUCAAAUUCAAAAGACUAAAAUUUCGCUGUCUGUUGAGAAGUUACAGCUCCACUUCCGUUCCGGCAUCGAAAGCGACACCAGAGUAACGGAGUCGGCCGAAAACCUCCUCCAAGAACUAGAUGACCUCAACGCCACCAUCAAAACUCAGAGCGCGCAGCUUGAAACAGCAAUCGUGCAAGUUGACCAGUACCAAGUGGAAGUGCAACAGCUGCGUCAGCAAAUCGUCCAAGUGGAACAACAGCUGCGCACCGCGAUGGCCCCCACCUACCUGCCGCACGACAGAGAACAAGCGAUCCGCGAUCAGCAGGUGUACAAGGAACGUGCGCGCGCUUUGCAGAGUAAGCUCAGUUUCCGGAACGAGCGCAUGAAGCUUAUUACGCAAAGGGGCGUACCCGACCAAGAACCACUUGGCACUUAGCAC